GAGGGGGCAUCCCGAGGGUCCUUUCCCCUAACCUAACUCUUCUUCAGCUCAAGCCUGGCUCACUGUUGGCCCUUUUCAAACUUUGGCUCUUUUGGCUUUGGGGCAACAGCUCAGCCUCCUCCAGCCUCGGUCCUGCCACCCGAUGAACCUGAAUGGGGCCCCUCUCCCCACCCCAUCCAGCACAUGCCGGCAGAUGGAGUGACCUUCUGAUGGAAGUCCCGCCCUGACCAUCCCACUCCAUGACCUUCCAUGGCUCCCUACUGCCCCAGGACAGAGCCUACAGGCAGCUCUCUGGGCCCCUGCACCCACCCCCUGGCCGGGAUCCCCUCCGAGCUCUUCUCCCUGCCAGUCCUUCCCCUUGGGUCCCGUCUGGUGGACUCCUGGUCCCCCUUCUCCAUCUGCUCCCCACCCAGCCCAGGGGUGCUGCAUCUGGCGGCUCAUUGAACUCCUGCAGCCCCAGUGCCUUGGCCUCAGCGCAGAGGCGGGAAGGCCUUCGCGGGGCGGAUCUCAAACCCGUUGGACGGGUUUGCGCUCCCUGAAGCUCUCCUGGCGCAGAGGCAGCCCGGGCCGGACCUGGCACGAUCCUGCUCUGGGCAACCCAGGGAGCCGCAGGACCCCGGAACGCGCCGGCCAGCGCCGCCGGAGGACAGCUCGGGACCAGCGGCAGGUCAUGAGGCCGCCACCAAGGAGCGGAAAGCCCAGAUAGAUGCCCUGCGGCCCAGAUCUUGGAGCCUCCUGAUGCUGGCACUGGGGCCCGCCAUGGAUGGGGAGUUCCCUCAGCACGAGCCCCCGCCGGCCGGCAGUGUCCUGUACAGCCCACCGCCCCUGCAGACCCCACUGUGCGGGUCCGGCAUCCAGAGCGCCAUGCUGCACUACCCCUGGUGGAGCGCCUUCCCGCCUGCACCAUGUCCGGCCUUCUCCAGCGAAAACCACCAGUUCGUGAACUCCACCUCCUUCAUUGUUGGCCAGCCCUGUGUGGACACCAGCUAUGGCCCCACGGCCACCACCUCCAGCUUCCUGCCAAAGAUCGGUGACUUCUCUCAGGACGCCCCGUACCUCGACGACCUGUCCAACGCCUCCCUCUUCUCCUCGUCCGUGGACUCCCUCUCGGACAUCGCAGACACGCCCGACUUCCCACACGCUGACAGCCUCAGCCAGGUGCCCACCAUCUGGGAUGUGAGCACCGGUCCCUCCACCCACGACAAGCUGUUCCUGCCCAGUGGCCCAUUUCCAGGUCUCGAGGACCCUGUGACCUCGCUCUCCAGCACCCCUCUUCUCGUCAGCUACCAGGCUCAGAGUCAGCCCGAGGAGGAGGACGAGGCGGAGGAGGAUGAGGCGGAGGAGCUGGGCCACGCGGAGACCUACGCGGACUAUGUGCCGUCCAAGUCCAAGAUCGGCAAGCAGCACCCAGACCGCGUGGUGGAGACCAGCACGCUGUCCAGCGUCCCCCCGCCGGACAUCACCUACAGCCUCGCUCUGCCCACUGCAGACAGCGACACCCUGUCGGCCCUGCAGCUGGAGGCCAUCACCUAUGCCUGCCAGCAACACGAGGUCCUGCUCCCCAGCGGGCAGCGGGCCGGCUUCCUCAUCGGCGACGGCGCAGGCGUGGGCAAGGGUCGCACGGUGGCGGGCAUCAUCCUGGAGAACUACCUGCGGGGCCGGAAGAAGUCCCUGUGGUUUAGCGUCUCCAACGACCUCAAGUACGACGCGGAGCGAGACCUGCGGGACAUCGACGCCCAGAGCAUCGCCGUGCACGCCCUGAGCAAGAUCAAGUAUGGCGACAACACUACCUCAGAGGGCGUGCUCUUCGCCACCUACUCUGCCCUGAUCGGGGAGAGCCAGGCAGGUGGGCAGCACCGCACACGGAUCCGGCAGAUCCUGGAGUGGUGCGGGGAGGCCUUCGAUGGCGUGAUUGUGUUUGACGAGUGCCACAAAGCCAAGAACGCCAGCUCCACCAAGAUGGGCAGGGCCGUGCUGGACCUGCAGAACAAGCUGCCCCUGGCCAGGGUGGUGUAUGCCAGCGCCACCGGUGCCUCCGAGCCCCGGAACAUGAUCUACAUGAGCCGCCUGGGCAUCUGGGGCGAGGGCACACCCUUCCGCACCUUCGAGGAGUUCCUGCACGCCAUCGAGAAGAGGGGUGUGGGCGCCAUGGAGAUCGUGGCCAUGGACAUGAAGGUCAGCGGCAUGUACAUCGCACGCCAGCUCAGCUUCUCUGGCGUCACCUUCCGCAUUGAGGAGAUUCCGCUGGCCCCUGCCUUCGAGUGCAUCUACAACCACGCAGCCCUGCUGUGGGCCGAGGCCCUGGGCGUGUUCCGGCAGGCGGCCGACUGGAUCGGCCUGGAGUCACGGAAGGCCCUGUGGGGCCAGUUCUGGUCGGCACACCAGCGCUUCUUCAAGUACCUGUGUGUGGCCGCCAAGGUGCGCCGGCUGGUGGAGCUGGCCCAGGAGGAGCUGGCCCGCGACAAGUGUGUGGUCAUCGGACUGCAGUCCACAGGCGAGGCGCGCACCCGGGAGGUGCUGGAUGAGAAGGAAGGGCAGCUCGAUUGCUUCGUCUCGGCCGCAGAGGGCGUCUUUCUGUCACUAAUUCAGAAGCACUUUCCUUCAACCAAGAGGAAGCGGGAGAGAGGUGCAGGCAGUAAGAGGAAGCGGCGGCCGCGGGGCCGAGGGGCCAAGGCGGCCAGGCUGAUGUGUGAGGCGGCGGGCGUGAUCCGCAUCAGCGACGACAGCAGCACCGAGUCGGACGCCGGCCUGGACAGCGACUUCCACUCCUCCCCCGAGUCCCUGGAUGACGACGUGGUCAUCGUGGAUGCCGUGGGGCUCCCCACCGAUGACCGUGGCCCCCUUGGUCCCCCGCAGCGGGACCUCAACGGCCCCGGCGUCCUGGAACGCGUUGAGCGGCUGAAGCAGGACCUGCUGACCAAGGUCCGGAUGCUGGGCCGGGAGCUGCCCGUCAACACCCUGGAUGAGCUCAUCGACCAGCUUGGGGGCCCUGAGUGCGUGGCUGAGAUGACCGGCAGGAAGGGCCGCGUGGUAUCCAGGCCUGACGGGACAGUGGCCUUUGAGUCUCGGGCGGAGCAGGGCCUCUCCAUUGACCACGUGAACCUCAGGGAGAAGGAGCGCUUCAUGAGCGGGGAGAAGCUUGUGGCCGUCAUUUCCGAGGCCUCUAGCUCCGGCGUCUCCCUCCAAGCCGACCGGCGGGUCCGGAACCAGCGGCGGCGCGUCCACAUGACUCUGGAGCUACCCUGGAGCGCGGACCGCGCCAUCCAGCAGUUCGGCCGGACCCACCGUUCCAACCAGGUCUCGGCGCCCGAGUACGUCUUCCUCAUUUCAGAGCUGGCUGGCGAGCGCAGGUUCGCCUCCAUUGUCGCCAAGCGGCUGGAAAGCCUGGGGGCUCUGACCCACGGGGACCGCCGUGCCACUGAGUCCCGCGACCUGAGCAAGUACAACUUUGAGAACAAGUAUGGCGCCCGGGCCCUCGGAUGCAUCCUCACCACCAUCCUGAGCCAGACAGAGAACAAGGUGCCCCUGCCGAGGGGCUACCCUGGGGGGGACUCUGCCUUCUUCCGGGACAUGAAGCAGGGCCUGCUGUCUGUCGGCAUCGGAGGGCGCGAGUCCAGGUCUGGCUGCCUGGACGUGGAGAAGGACUGCUCCAUCACCAAGUUCCUGAACCGCAUCCUGGGGCUGGAGGUGCACAAGCAGAACGCGCUGUUCCAGUACUUCUCGGACACCUUCGACCACCUCAUCGAGGCGGACAAGAAGGAGGGCAAAUACGACAUGGGCAUCCUGGACCUGGCUCCGGGCAUCGAUGAGAUCUAUGAGGAGAGCCAGCAGGUGUUCCUGGCCCCCGGGCACCCGCAGGACGGGCAGGUGGUCUUCUACAAGAUAAGCGUGGACCGCGGCCUCAAGUGGGAUGAGGCGUAUGCCAGGUCUCUGGAGCUGACAGGCGCCCACGAUGGCUUCUACCUCUCCUACAAGGUCCGCGGCAACAAGCCGAGCUGCCUGCUGGCGGAGCGGAACCGCGGCAAGCACUUCACCGUGUACAAGCCCAACGUGGGCCGCCAGAACCAGCCGGAGACCUUCGAUAGCCUGUGCCGCAAGUUCCACCGGGUGACGGCGGAGGAGGCCCGGGAGCACUGGGAGCACAGCUACGCCCUCUCCCUGACACACUGCAGCCACACGGCGUGGAACCGGCACUGCCGGCUGAUGCAGGAGGGCAAGGACUGCGUGCAGGGCCUGCGGCUGCGGCACCACUACAUGCUGUGCGGGGCCCUGCUGCGCGUGUGGGGCCGCAUCGCCGCCGUCAUGGCCGACGUCACCAGCAGCAGCUACCUGCAGAUCGUGCGCCUCAAGACGAAGGACAAGAAGAAGCAAGUCGGCCUUCCCGCCGCCCUCGCCGUUCGCGUUCCCGCCGCCGCCACCGCUGCCCUGCGACCCCGCCCCCGUCCCGAGCGGCCUGCUGCCGGGCGCCGCGGGCCGCCCCACCGACCCUGCGGCCUCGGUGCAUCAGGGCUGCGACAUCAACUUCAAGGAGGUGCUGGAGGACAUGCUGCGCUCCCUCAAUGCCGCGCCGCCUGCGGAGCCCCCCGGCCCACUGGGCGCGGGCGCGGGGGGCGGGGGGGGCCCGGGGCGCCAGAGCGUCAUCCGGUUCAGCUCCCCGUUCCCCAGCUCCUAGGCCGGGCCCCGCCCCUAGACAAACCUUAUUUAUCUGCAAUACCGCGGCAUGAACAGGCCCUCCUGCCGAGGCGGGGUGAGCGGAGCGACCCCCUGCCCGCCCCCCGAGGCCCCCGCUGCAGUGCCUUCCCGGCGUGCCUGGGCAGACCCCUCAGAUGCCGCCGGCCCCCGUGUGCAGGUCCCCCUCAGGGCCCAGGGGCGAGGGGCCCGCCCUCUCCGUGCCUCUCCUCUGCGUCCCUCCAGGCCUGGGCGGGGCGCCUGGUCAGGCCAGAGCCCCUGAAAUCCACAGAACUGGGUGGCCCCGAGAGCCGGAAACUCAGGAAACCCCGGGUGCUCAGGGCCCCGCCAGUGUCCAGGGGUGUGGGGGGGCUCUGUGGGGCAGACCCCCCCAUUAAUAUAUGCAAUUCCCCUUCCCUGCUCUCUGCUCCCUAAAUUAUUGUCCUGCCGCCCCCACCCCCCAGGCCCCAGAAUCUGCAUGCAGAGCUGGUGGCCCCGGUGGCCCCUGGUCUGUAUUUAUGAAGAAUUCACAUGUAUAUAUGUAAAGAGAUCUUUUUUAAAUAUAUGUGCCUUUUUACUACU